AUGUUGAAGUGGACAGUUACGAAGCGUUCGGACCCGAGCGGUAGAGGCAGCUUACCGCAAGGAAAAGUCUUACUGCAGCAACGUCGCCACGCCAGGCGCUCCCUUGGCACUUUAAGCGAGCAGAUAGCAACAGCAUCGAAGGAUGUAGCUGCAAAUGAAGGUUCAAGGAGUUGUAACCCUAGAAUGCGCCGAUCACUUGGAGUAUCUCUUCAGGUAGAUUGUGCGAAUUACGACAAAGAGAAUCAAUGUAUCACAUCUACACCACAUCCAAUGUCGGGACGACCCACGAGUUCGCCAUACUCGAUAGCUUUGCGUGACGUUAGCAAUAUUACGCCCAACACUACAUGCUGGCCGUUGAACACGACUCCUCAGGGACGCAAACGAUCGUUGGCAGCUUCACCAGGAUCCUCGUCCAUAAAAAUGGUUUCCAAGAUGGAUCUCGUCGAAGGUGUCCGACAGCCGUAUGCCACCACGCUGCCAACAUUCGACAUAGAGUACUCCCCAUGCGGGGUAAAGAAUCUUCCUUUCGUGGCGUUACGAGGGCUGGGGUUAGCCGAGUUCGAAAAACCGGGUCGAUAUUUUGCAACCGAUGAAGAGCAACCGAUGGCGAAACGGACAAAAACUGACGCGAAUCCGUCCAAGAAGGAUGACUUUCCAGCGCUACCCAAAGACGACCAGAUAAAUUCCUGCUUGACUCCUUUGUCUUCGAGACUGAACGAUAUGCGUUUUAACAACAUCAACUUCAAACGGCCUUUUUCCAUGGGAAAAACGAUCAACAACAAUCAUAUGGCAGCAACGCUUCCACCAGUGCCAUCUGCUUCGGUCGAUGCCGUCGAGGAUAACGAGCUGUCGCUAAACUCAUCGGAAAUGGGUGAUCUAACGCUCGACAAGAUGAUCGAUGCAAUUUUGGAAAGCGCGAAAAAAGACUCGCGGUGGACGACUCCGCGGCCUAAGCGAUCAUCGAGCAUCAAAUCGAAACAAUCCAAAGGAUCCUCCCCCACAUACACGCCCGCCGAUGACCCUGCCGCUGACUUGUACUUGGAACAACGCAUCUCAACUCGUUUAUAUCGCCAAGAGAAAGAAACGACGAUCAUCCUUGAAGAGACGAGCCACGUUAACGAGCGGGAGGUGAAAACGCCAGAUUCAGCACAUGAAACACGCUCCAUCGUGAGUGUCAGCACAGCAAAACCUGGCUUUGUGAGGCAAUCCUUUGGUAAACUGUUAAUGGCCAGUCCUCUAGAGGCAGCGUGUCACUUGCGUCGCCAAAAGGCCGUUCGAAGAAAGCACAAACUGGAACAAGGUGGCGAUGGCGCCCGGCAAGAUGUCCAGUGUGUUGAGAUGUCAAUCGGACAAACUGCUCAUGAAGCUGCAAGUCCCGAUACGCCGUACGUGCUAUGUAGCCAGUCAAAAAUAGAACACUUAAUGGGGAUGCAAACACCUCCUAUACGAGACGGUUUACUGGAACAAGAAAUGGAAAGUCAGCAGCGUCAGAUGUUGUCAGGCAAUGCCACACCCAGCAUACGUUCAAUCGAUCCACAGAGUACUUCCACGCCUACGGGAGGAUCGGUCGAAAAAAGCAAAAAAUGUCUCGUAUUUUCACCCGCGCUUAGCGAAGCUUCGUUGGAAAAGCGCCGCUCUGUUGCCUUUUCGACGACUUCUCGAUGUUCCGGAACGAGCGCUGUGGAGCCGGCAAGCACAAACACCAGCGUACGGGGGUCGUUGGAGCUUAACAUCUACCUUGACCAAGAUCGACGAUUGCAAGUACACGUUAUCCGUUGCAAGGACCUCCAGCGAAACAGCUCUGCAAGCAGCGCCGGAAACUGCAAUGGUAUUAAUGCGUACGUCAAGGUAGCAUUGAUCAAUUUGUGUAACUCUCAAUCGGCCCAAUCCGAGAUGGGAUUCCAGCGAACUACGGUGCACCGGAACUCAUGCAGCCCCUACUUCGAUCAACGGUUUCAAUUCGAAAUUCACCCACACGAUGAUCGGCGUGUCCAGCUAGCGGUAUGGCAUAGGGAUCGAGAGUGCAAGCGUAGUGAAUUUCUAGGAUGUAUGUCAUUUCCGCUAAAGCAUGCUACUCAUGGUCAGGUCAUUAAUGGGGCGUACCGCUUGCAACCGCAAUCGUGUCUGACGAAUCCUUCCCCGCCGAUAUCAGAAACAAUGUGCGAAAACUCUCAUUCGAGCAUGGACGAGCUAGUGAGUGUGGAGGAUAGCAGUAGCGCGAGAGCUACUAGUACUGUUACCUCUACGAUGGUGUCAUCGACUACUGGAACUACUGCGGCAGCAUCCGGUAAUGCAGUUGGAGAACAAAUUAGCCUCAGCAAGAAAGCUCUUCAUCAGCGCGAUGCAGAUGAAAAUCUGUUCCUACGUUUUCUUGAACUUGAUCCGUCCCCUGAUGGAACGUCAGGGACCGGUGUCAAUCUUCCAACACCGGCCACUCCUCGGCGCAGUUCAGUAAGCGCGGGCGGCUCACAGAAAGCAGCAGGGGCAUCUUCUGCUGGUCGGACGCCGUUCACAAUCACUAAGCGCUUAGCACGCUCCGGCGACAGGGGGUUUGGAUUUUCUAUUGUUUGGACUCACCCUCCCCGAGUGGAAAAAGUAGAAACAGGCCUGUCGGCGGAUCGUGCCGGAAUUCUGCCCGGUGAUUAUGUGGUGUUUGUCGAUAAACAUAAUGUGGUGACAAUGCCAGAACAAGACGUGCUGAAUCUGAUUCGAACUCAAGGCAAUACUUUAUUGUUGGAAAUUUUCCGGCGCCCGCAGCCGACGUGCGGUCAGCAGUUGCAGAAUCGAAGCAAUGGUCUACGUAAUAUUUCGUCCAGUCAAUCGUCUGUACCCGUCCUUGGAAGUGUGAGCAAUACUGCGAUAAAUAUUACUCCGUUCCACGCGUCCACAGGUGUAGCCUUGCCACAGACGGACGAAACAGAGCCUUUCCGACGAACUGCACCGUCCCCGUUCGGUGUGGCACGGUCAUCAACGGCUUGUUCCAAUAUUUCCAUCGAAACCGCUAAGCGAAAACUACACCUUCCGCAGGUUACAUUUAGCAAAGAGUCAAUUGUUCAGCAAUUUCCUGACGAUCACCGUCGAAAGUUCCUCUACCAGCUGAUUAGCCGUGAACAGCAUUUUAUCAAUGCCAUCAACUUUGGUAUUGAGCGAUUUGUCAAUCCACUACGCGAACGAAAAGACUUAAUCUCACCGAAUGAUCACAAAACUCUGUUUCAAAACAUUGACGAGCUGUCUCGAAUAUCAGAAGAUAUAACGGAACAAAUUACACAGGACGAGACCGAGCCACAAAUCCAUUUUGCUUCCCGUGUAUAUCUGUCUAAAAGUACUGCACUAUGUGCGGCAUACAGGAAGUAUUGCAAUGGGCUAAAGAAAGCCGAUUGUGUAUUGGUGAACAAGUCGAGGAAUUCAAACUGUGAUUUCAUGAAAUUCAUUACGGAGCCACCUGUACCACGAAAACGUCCAGAUCUAACUACAUUCAUACAUCGACCGCUUCAGCAUUUUAGAGAAAUUUUAAAACAAAUGCAAAUGAUAGCCUCUCAUUGUCGCGUAGAUAGCGAAGAACAUAAUAAUUUCACCAACAUCAUCAGUGAGCUCCAGACUGCGUACCGUGAAAUUACUGUAGGAGGUGGUCUUAUGGAACCGAUCGGCGAAGGACGUCCUCUUUUAACUCUGCAAGAUCUCGAGGCAAGAAUGGUGUUUACCAAGUGCAAACCAUUCCAGUUAGCGUCGCAUGGUAGGCAGUGGAUUUUUGGUGGUGAUCUUUCUCGUGUUGAAAGUCGGUCGGUAAAACCAUACUGGACUCUGCUGUUCAGUGAUAUAUUGCUCUUCGCGAAAGUGAGCCGAGACCGUGUGCUUUUUAUUACAGAGGAGCCAAUAGCAUUGUCAACAAUUACUGAUUCGUGUUUCAACAUUCGCAAAAAAUGUACUGAGUUUCGCAUCACCAUAGACCCUAAUGGCCGGCAAAUCGAAAGUCCGACGGCACACUGUGCCCCAGAUCUAUCCCGCACUCCGAAGAAAAAUACAAAAAAACGUCACAUUUUCCUCCGGGCGCCAUCGACCGAGUUGAAAGCAGUAUGGCAAAACUUACUUACUAGACAAAUCUUUUUGGUCAAUGCCACCCUUGGAUCAACACCACUGAGCAGUCCACUGGAUUCACCAGACAUUUUGCAAUCGUUUGUUCCGAUCAGCGAUAUCGGAGCGACGGCUACCUCGACUACCUCGGUCAAGAUGCCAUCAUUAGACAGUAUACACGGCAAAAAUCAACAGUCAAGACUGAACAAAAUUCCGAAACAAGUCGAGGAACUUAUCGAUGAAAAAUGUAGGAAGCUGAAUAAAACUGGUGUACCGCAGGGCAGUGCCCUUCAUUUAGCGCAAUGGAUGAAGGGCCAGCUGGACAAGCAGGUCAUUGAAUCUGAUCCAAUAGAUUCCGAUCCCGAGCAGGUGGUUGAAGAUUGGUCGAUCGAGCAAGUGACUAACCGUUCGAAAGAACUGAACCUCGUCGUUACGGAUGGAAGCCCUUACAAGUCAGCAUCUUUAUGCAAUGACACCAACGUCGGUAUCAUUCUAAAAACCACCACCGCUGAAACGCAGCUUCCUACCGACGACAGUUCGGCCUUUGACGAUGACGAUGAUAAUAAAAGCGUUUCUAAGAGCACGACAUCCGACAGUCAGAUAACCGUACGAUCGAGCCCAUUAAGCAAUAAACUAGACACUAUAUCGAUGUGCCGGCAGUGUUUAAAGAAUUGCAAAAGCCGCUUCAAUUCUCCAAGUAGCAACUCCCUAACGAUGCAACACAGCCAUAGCACUCCAACAAAUCGGUGCUGCGUGUCUAACUCCACAACAGACAGCAGCCUUAACAGGAGCCCAAUGUCAGUGUCCAGUGUAUCAUCAUCAAGCACACUUACCAUGCUCCGUAGACCUGUAAGCCAAGAGAAUGACGCGGUGGCUAACAAUACCGCAGGCGAUAAGCAGAAUUCAUUACGAAAGACAUCGGAAGAAAUCCGACACCUCAAACUGCUGAUCAAUGGAAACUACAGGACGAAGUGCCAAACGCCAUGCCACUGCAAGUGCACACCGAAGGACUUUGAGAAAAGUACGCUGAGCCCUGACGAGCUUUUACAUGAGCGAGUCAAAAUAUUAGAUAACAUAUGCGAGGCAAAUGCCAAAAACAUUGCUGUGAAUCACAAGGUGGCGAACACGAACCUUAUGAAUGGCUAUCCGCCCAACAGCAAACCUUUGUUCAAUGAGUGUCUGAAAGACGAAGAAACUAGUGAUCAUGAAAGAAACACUAAGCUCAACAAUAACGAAGACGACGACGUUGAGUGGUCACUUAUGGGAUUGAUCGGCCUAGCACAGAUAAAUCCAGCGGCAUCAUUCGUUCAUAUAGAUCCCUUUGAUGCGCUGCCAACGAUAGCUGUUGUACCUCCGACGCCAGAUGCGCUGGGAAAUACUUCCAGCAUUCGGCAGCCUGCGCAGGUUUCCCCAUGGUCAACGGUAGAACUAAACCGAUUGCAGUUGACAUCCGGUACCUUGGAGUUGUUGACACAAAACACUGGAGGAUCUAUUGGUGAUGAUUACUCACCAGAUAAUUCACCUGAGGAUGAAGUUGUCGAGCCGCCUUAUCGUGCUUUGAAUCCUGGACUGAAGCGGUACGGUACGAUUUCGAGCUUGGAACGAGUUCCUUCGGAGGACAUGGACGAUAACAUGACAUACUCUUCGGAUGAGGACUCAGAAAGUGACAUCAAAAUUGUCACCAAAGAAGUAUACGACAAUAAUGCACAAACAUUUUUAAACUGGACGGCUAGGGCAGGAAAUUUUAUCGAGGAAUCUCGCGCCUUUAUCGAUCGAUACCUUGGGCGUCGUGAUAAUAGUACUGAAGAGGCCGAUGCAAACGAUUGCGAGUGGGAAAAAUCACGAGAGAAAAGAUCCGGUGAUCAGGCGGCUAGCAGUGGUGGCGACGAAGAAGAGGCAAUUGAAGGGGAAACUUCAGCCACAUCCGGUGAAGAGGUGUGGGGCACCCCCACCAGUGGUGGUGAAAAUGACGACAUGCAAAUAUUCGGUAGCAUCGAACAAACGCAUUCGUCUCCGACCAAAUCAACAUCGUCAUACACUGGGGACGAUGACACCGAGUUGAUGAUGGAUGAACUACUCAUGGCUCCUCCGAUGACAGCUAGCGCCGUUCGCGGACUCCUGCCAAGACGAAAGCUUGAACCACUGUUCGAGGAAGAUAGCGAAAGUGGAGAAUCAGAUGGUGACAACAAGCCACUCAACGGGCGUGAUAAACAGGGGCAAGCUUCGGAAAGAAAUCUACUGGUUUAUGCGGAUUUAAAAGAUUCCACCGACACCAAGUCAGGAAGUACGACCCCGUCGUCAACUCCACAGGCCGAGAGGAUCGAGACGAUCAAGACUACAACUCCCGACGAAAACUAUGGGAGUGUUGCUGACAGAUGUUAUGCAUCUGUGCAGCUUCCGAGCACCGAGAUGCUCUAUGCAAGCGAUACCGCACGAUCCGCCGACAAGGGAAAUGUACCGAUCGGGCUCAGCCCAAGGCUCGAGAUGCGUCUGGCAUUGAAUCACGACAUUCUCGGCGACGAAGAUCUGCUCACCUACAGUCCUGGACCGGACCUGACAGCGAUUCUCGGGCGCGACCUCUCCAAAUACCAUCGGAUGAGUGGGAAGGACAUUAUCAUGAAUCGAAUCGUGACGCGAGUGAGCAGCUAUGUGAACAUUCAAACUGUAGCGACAAACGCCACUGCGAGCACGAUCGAAGAGUCCGAGAGACCCUCUUCCAGCCAAGCGAUGAGAAACGGAAUGAGCUCAUCAUAUCAACAAAACAAUUCAAAGAUGGAUACUCCUAUACCGCACCGGCGAAAAGUUAUCGCUCCGGCUACUUGGAGCAAUUUUGGGUCUGCGGAUCGCGACGAAAAGACUCUAUCGGACCUGGAACGUUUAGCGAGGCGGGAGAAAGUCUACUGCAUGACCCAGCUCAACCACAACGCUUCUCACCUGAAACGAGUAGCUAGUUUGAACAGCAAACAAAAGCAUUCAAGCAAGCUGCUCAGCUUCUGGUCACGACGAAAUUCUGAGAAUCAAUUAGUAGGACUGUUUCCGUCAAAAGACAGCACCGAUGAAGGUGACGCAGGCCGUUCGGAAAUAAACCAAUUAAAUUCUCCUCGAAAGGAAUCGGUCAAAUCGCUUGAUCGCAGGUUUUGGAAGCAAUUAAGUAAACGACGACGCGCCAGUUUUCACGAAGAACUCACCACUGCUGUUUCAUAA